AUUGCAGAGAACAAGAAGAAGAAAAAGAUGAGCUCGACGCCGUUAUCUUCAUCUCUCUUUCCAUCUUCUCUUUCAACCUUGUCGUCUCAUAACCAUGGUCGGAACCGGAACUACUGUGUCAGUCGGAAGCAACAGUGUCUCCGUGUUCGAGCUGCAAAACUUCCUGAGGGGGUGAUAGUGCCAAAAGUACAACCUAAAUCUCAACCAGCGUUUCUGGGAUUCACACAAACAGCUGAGAUAUGGAACUCUAGAGCUUGCAUGAUUGGUCUCAUUGGCACUUUCAUCGUCGAAUUGAUUCUGAACAAGGGAAUACUUGAGUUGAUCGGUGUAGAGAUUGGGAAAGGCCUUGAUCUUCCUCUGUAA